AUGUCUUUGGUAAUAACUGUUUCUCGACCAUUUCUUUCUGGAGUCAAGCAUAAUGCUCUUCUAUCAACAGCAUACUUGGCUCGCACCUUAAAAACCUCAGCAUCUGCUCAAAUGGUCGCGGAAGUUGUAGCACCUUCAUUGACCCGCAAACCAGUGCAAAAAAAGGCUCCUCAAUACAAGACAUUUGCAAUUUAUCGUUGGGACCCCGAUUACCCGAGUGCUAAACCCCAUUUACAACCAUAUGAGAUUGAUCUGAAUGCAUGUGGUCCAAUGGUCUUGGACGCGCUCAUUAAGAUCAAAAAUGAACAGGACGCUACAUUAACGUUCCGUCGUUCAUGUCGUGAAGGAAUUUGUGGAUCCUGUGCUAUGAAUAUUGAUGGUGUGAAUACUUUGGCUUGUUUAUGUAAGAUUGAUCGUAAUGCGUCAAAGAGCAAAAUUUAUCCUUUGCCUCAUAUGUAUAUCGUCAAAGAUAUAGUUCCAGAUAUGACACAUUUCUACAAACAAUACAAAUCGAUUGAACCGUACCUCAAAAAAAAGACCGAACACAAAGAAGGCAAUCGUGAAAACUUGCAAAGCAUCGCGGAUCGUAAGAAACUAGACGGUCUUUACGAAUGUAUCUUAUGUGCCUGUUGCUCCACUGCAUGCCCUAGCUACUGGUGGAAUUCUGAUGAAUACCUUGGCCCGGCUGUGUUGAUGCAGGCUUAUAGAUGGAUGGCUGAUACCAGAGACGAUUUUGCUCACGAGAGACGUGAGGCUUUACAGAAUCCUUUCUCGGUCUAUCGUUGCCAUACUAUCAUGAAUUGCACGCGUACGUGUCCAAAGGGCUUGAAUCCUGGAAAAGCGAUCGCACAGAUUAAGAAAGAUAUGGCAUUGGAUUGA